AUGAUUGUCUUUAUCGUUACAAUUCUGUUUCUCUUUGGACUUCAAUCUGUUGGAAGCACAGCGAGCAAUUCCUUAUCUGACUGCAAUGUAGUAGCUGCCAAAUUUAGCAAUACUUGCAAUGGAGCUGCCGUUAGCAAUAUCGUUGCCACAACGGGUACCAAUGUGUCGUGUAGCUCAGGUUUCACUAGUACAACAUGUCCCGGUCAAAUGUACGGUAGUACAUGCGUAUUUCAACAUAAACUAUGUGUUACUUGCUCUGGCAGUUCAACUAUUCGUAUUCGUGUUCAGUCAAAUGGGUUGCCACGUUUUUGUCCAAAUGUACCUGUGACUAUGAGUGAACUAAAUGUUGACUUUGCAGUGAAUUUCAAUCCGAAUGUAGACGUCAAUUCUCCUGUUUACAAUCCAACAACUGUAUCCCAACUCAGCUCAAUCGUUUGCAACAUCAAUAGUCAAACAACUGUGCCAUCCGCAUCGAAUUAUGUACCUUCAAGCACUUCCGGUUCUUUCAACACACUCGCUGGUAUCAGUGUUGAUGGUGUGACACUUCUAAAUGUAAACAGUGCCAAUAAUGUCGAUCCGUUUUAUCCAGCUGGGAGCUUUGUACCAGAGUCAGUCGAUUCUUGUUUAGGACAUCCAAAUCCAUCAAACAAUGGCUACCAUUAUCAUAUUGCAUCUGGGUGUGCUCUGAAUCCACCUACUGGGAAGAUUGCAUCCUGCAAAUCUGCUCCUGCUUGUAAUGCAAGUAUUGCUGCCUACACGAUAUCAACAUUUUCGUCGUAUCGUACUUUGACCGUGAUUGGAAUAGCCAAAGAUGGACAUGUUAUCUAUGGACCAUACAAUUCGCAAGGCGUUGAAGUAACAAGUGGUUUUGAUAUUUGCAAUGGUAUGUUUUAUGAUUCAAUUGGGAAUUACGCCUAUUUUGCUACGCGAACAUAUCCCUAUAUAACGGGUUGUUUUGGUCCUGGUAAUUAUCCAAGUGUCUUUCCAAAUUGUACAACAAAUAAAGCUACGGCAUAUACAAAAUCCAUUUAUGCUCUUAAUCAAACUAGAACGACAAAGAUCGCCAUCUCCACCGACACAAUACAAUCGAAUAGUCAAAGAAUGCCUUUGGAUAACAUUAUGAUUGCUCUGUUGAUUAUUGUUGGCAUGUUUUGCAGAAAUUGA